GGGACAUGCGAAGUUACAUGGCAACUCGAACGUGUCGCCCCGUUGCAGUCGUCUCAUGAAUAUUUCAUAGAUCUUCCAGUCACUUCAUCUUUUCCCAUCUGGUAGGCCCACAGUCGGCACAGACCUCUGACAACUACGACUAACAUUUCGCCCUUUUUUAAAUGUUUAAGAUCCGCAUUUUUAAGUGGCUAAGGAUCGUCCACGUGUCUCUCCGUACUCGUCAGCAAUCAGACUGCCCCCAUCGUCUUCAUCUCCCCUCUUCCAACGCAGAGCUGCACAUGAACAAUACCGUUCCGAAGCUCAUAGUGGUACACGCCAGAGAGAGAGAGAGAGAGAGUUGCAGUAGGAACAAAAUAGAUGGGGAUCGAGGAAGAUAGCGGGAAGAUUUUCCCCUCCGGGUGGGUGACCGCGAAGCCGUGUGACUCAUGCGAAUCGGCGGCGGCGCUGGUUUUCUGCCGUGUUGACUCGGCGUUCUUGUGCGCAGGAUGCGACGAGAGGCUGCACAAAACGACGUCGGGGCAUGAGAGGGUGUGGAUGUGCGAGGUCUGCGAGCAGGCCCCCGCUGCCGUUACCUGCAAGGCCGACGCCGCUGCUCUCUGCGUCGCCUGCGACCGCGACAUCCACUCCGCAAACCCCCUCGCCCGCCGCCACGACCGCAUCCCUGUCGUUCCCUUCUACGUCUCCGCCACUUCCGUCCUCAAAUCCUCCCCCGUAGCCGGCGCCAGUGCCCUAGUUCCCAAAGAUGCCGGCAUCGACGACGACGGAGACCACAGCUUUACCAUAGAGGAGGCCGAGGAAGCGGAAGCCGCCUCUUGGAUUCUUCCCAACCCCAAUACCUCUAAUCAAAAAUUCGCCGAGGACCUGAAACCCGGCGAGCUCUUCUUCGGCGACGUCGACCCGUUCCUCGAUUUCGAGAGUGGUGCUUCGAUGAAUGGGCGUUUUCAGCAGCACAACAGUGGCGGCUCGGAUAGCGUAGUUCCGAUUAAGAACAAAGCCCUUGGCCCUUCUUUGAUCAAUCAUCGGGCAUCGGAAAAUUGCUUCGACGUUGAUUUCUGUAGAUCCAAGCUUUCUUCUUACAGUUCCCUUAGCCAGAGCGUUUCAUCGGAUGUGGGAGUUGUGCCGGACGGGAACUCUGCAUCGGAGGUAUCGUAUCCGCACGGGAAGCAAAUUAGCGGCGGCGUUGAUCCUAGCGGUUCGACGGCUUCAAAUCAGGCCAGCCAAAGUUGUGGGUCGAGUGACAGGGAAGCUAGGGUUUUGAGGUACAGAGAAAAGAGGAAGAACCGAAAGUUCGAGAAGACGAUCCGUUACGCUUCGCGGAAAGCUUAUGCGGAAACGCGGCCGAGAAUCAAAGGAAGGUUUGCUAAGCGGACGGAGAUCGAAGCAGAGGUUGAUCGCAUCUAUAGCUCCGCUUCUGCCGCUUUCAUGGCUGAUUCUGGAUACGGCGUCGUCCCGUCGUUUUGACAGGGAAGAGCAGCAGCAGCAUGCAUCCAUCCUUGAUCCCUGACUAGUAUUCUCAAUUAUUAGAGUAUAUUAUUGUUUUUGUGGUUUUUUGGCUUUCUAAAUUUUCAAAAAUAAAAAUGCUCUGCGAAUCUGGGUGAUGUUAUUGGAUUAGGAAUUGUGUAUAUUAAUUAUUGCUUACUAUAUUAGAUUUCUGCA